UGAUUAACCUUUCACCUCCCCUCCCGCUCGCCCUGACCUCAGCGGGUUGAACCACAGCUGUGUGUGUGUGUCAGCGGUCGGGUUUCUUUCACGUUUUAAACAGGUUCUGUCAGGCAUGGCUUGAGAUCAUCGCGUGGAUCGUAUUCGGAGUAUCAGCCUUUCAAAGGCGGCCAUUUGUCGAGCGCACUCGAUCCGUGUGGUGAGCAACACAAUGGAGGGGCUGCACAAGAUGGAUUCCUGUCAGAGACUUGCGUGGCUGGCAGGCGGGGUGGUGACAGCGGCGGUCGCGGUGAUCACCGUGAAGCGAAUCUUCUUCCAACAUAGGAGGACGGCCGUGCCGAACCCACGUGACGUCGUCAUACUACACCAGAUAGGACGCGGCGGGUACGCACCCAGCUUGUCUCCCUUCCCCCUUAAACUGGAGACCUACCUGAGGAUGGCAAAGAUUCCCUAUCAGAGUGUUCACUCGUUCCGGAUGUCGACGAAGCGGAAGACUCCGUGGAUAGAGUAUAACGAAGACACUGUCGCAGAUUCGGGUUUCUGUAUCGAAUACCUCAACGAUAAAUUCGGCCUUGACCUCAACAAAAAUCUCUCCAAGGAAGAGAGGGCGGUGGCCAGGGCGUUUGAGAAACUCAACGAGGAUGCACUUUACUGGUCACUGGUGAUGUAUCGGUGGAUCUACCCAGUGGAUCGGUCGAUCGUGACCACAGUGUUCGGCAUGCCCUGGUUUGUCAAGUGGAAGAUACAACGUAACAUGAAGAAGACGACCUGGGCACAGGGCACGGGCCGGCACGUGCCCCACGAGGUGGACCACUUGAUCGAGACGGAUCUCAGGGCUAUAUCGGAAUAUCUGGGUAAAAAGAAAUUCUUCUUCGGCGAUACAGCUACAGAAGUAGACUGUUCUCUGUUUGGGAUUCUGUGUCAACCCAUCUACCACAUGCCUGGCUUAAAACCUCACACCAUGAUCAAAGAAAAGUUCCCCAACCUCAUCGACUACUGCAACAGAAUCCGGGUGACGUUCUGGCCCGACUGGGAAGACAAAAUAACCAACGGGCGGUACUGCGGCGUCGGCCCGAACUCGGAAAUACGAGAACAAAUCAUUAGACCCUGAAUAUGUGCGUUCACAACGUUUAUGGUAGCAUCAUAUGUGAAAGGUAUUAUGGUCAAUACAGUGGAUCUCAGUGGCGACGUCAUAUAGAAAUGUAAAAUGGACAAGUGAUCGUCACAUCCGUUCAUGGAUUUGGACAUUAGUAGAAUCGUGAACAUUUCAUGGUUUAGAUACGAUUGGACAAGAAUAUUAGCUCUAACGGGUAAUGUUACUGGAUAGGAUCACAUUGUUUAUCGUAAUUUGAUAACACCCAUUAUGCAGAGACAAAUACACACAUACACACACACACACCUUUACAUCAAUGUAAACAUCAAACGUGGAAACGAUUAGCAUAAUAAAAGUGAAUAUUGUCUACAGAUCAGAGGCUAAGACAUGAUUGAACUAAGAGAUGAAUUGUACUCAUGGACAACUGUUUCGUCUGUGUGACGACUGACACUACUUCCUACUCUACUGAAUAACUGUUUCGUCUGUGUGACGACUGACACUACUCUCUGUUCCGCUGAAUAACUGUUUCGUCUGUGACGACUGACGCUACUUCCUACUCUACUGAAUAACUGUUUCGUCUGUGUGACGACUGACACUACUUUCUACUAUAUUGAAUAACUGUUUCGUCUGUGUGACGACUGACACUACUUUUUGCUCUACCGAUUCUGAACGACCAUCACUUGAUCCACUGGACGUGUUCAGUAAUGGAGUACUUGAGUAAGUCUGUGUUUCGUGUUUACCAUUGUUUACCUCGUGAUUACUCGUGUUUACCUCGUGUUUGUUGUUAAUGUAACAAUCUAUUUCUUACACACUUGUGUUAUUAUACAACCAGUUUUAUAAAUAAAUACUUACUAAUG